GAGAAGCUUUCUGCUGGACGCGCGUCACACAAACAAGUGCAGUAGCUCGAGGAGGAAAGCAAAAAUCCGAGGUCGGAUUUUUUCCAAAUCCAAUAAAUUUCGUGUUUUUCCCCGUGUUUCGGACUUCCGGCCGUGCUGGGCCUGUACGCGCGUGCGGUCUGAUUGUGGUUUUUGUGUGGGAGUGGAAGAAUUUAGCGAGUGUCCGCAGUAUUUGAGAGAGAUUAUUCGUUUGUCGGUCGUCGGUGCAGAAAAUGUCUUCGUCGUCUUCGCAUCAUCCGUUUGGUCAUCUGAACCACAACAACAACAACACUAACAGCAACAGUGGAAGCGGUGGCGGCCUACUGAGUGGGCUUGCUUCCGUAAAUCACAGCGGCGCUCCGCCGCAUCACAACAAUCUGCAACCGCAGCUGGGGGCGGCGGCGGCGGCUGCGGUUUCCUCCUUUUCGGCCUACGAGGACUUUGACGAUGUUGACAACGAGCAGACCCAGCAGCAGCAGGAACUUUUGUUCGACGACGAUGACAACAUGGACGAUAGCGAUCAAGAUACGGAAGAAGCGAGCGAGACGGAGCUGGGCUCCAGCGGCAACCAUCGGAACAUUGACGAACCGGUCGAGAUCAAAGAACAAAUGUACCAGGACAAGUUGGCAUCGCUGAAGAAGCAGUUGGAUGAGCUGCGCGCCGGAACCCAUCCGGAGUACGUUCGACGGGUCAAAAAGCUAGAGCACCAGUACAACGAGCGGAUCCGCCUGAACGAGAUCUAUCGGGAGUACUUGAUCAGUUGCGUUGAGCGUGACUACAUCCUGGAGAAAAAUGCGGCCGUCAAAGAGUACGAGGAGAAAAAGAACGACCUGCAGGAGAAUCUGGUAACGGACUUCGAGGACCGCCGAAAGAUGAUCGAGAGCGAGCGGGCAACGAUGGAACUGACCGGAGAUUCGAUCGAUGUGAAACCGACCGUCACCAGGAAGCUCCGUCGCCGACCGAACGAGCCACUUCCGGUCCCGGAAAAACGCCGCAAGCCGACGUCGGGCCAGUUGGUUCUCCUGCUGGACGAGAAGGAAGUCGAGAACGAUCUUAAGCUAAUCAGCCGCGGGAAAGCGGUUCAUGCCAUUCGGAAUCACACCAACAGCACUUCCAAUGCCGGCAACGGAAGCUCCAGCCAAAAUGCCAACAGCACAGCGAUGGUCAACAUGGCCAGCCCGGUCAAUAGCUAUCAGCUGAAUAGCAGUAACAGCAUUUCCAGCACCGCAGGCAUUGCUUCCAGCUCUAAUGACAUCAGUAUGCCCAGUAUUCCCACUCCGACGUUGGCCACCAUCAAUCCAAGUCACACUCCAUCGGCACCGCUCGCUUCCACCGGAAGCGUUAGCCACAGCCUGAACCAAACUCAGCAGCAACCAUCACAACAACCCCAACAGCCGCCACUGCAGCAGCAGCAGCAGCCAGCUGCUCCUCCUCAAUCCGGCAGCCAGCAACAGUCGUCGAACUCCUCGAACCAACAGCAGCAGCCGCCACCACCGCCGCCGCCCCAGCUGUCCCAGCAACCCCAACAACAACAGCAACAACCGCCACCAGCGCCGCCGCUGGUCGAAACCAAAAUCGAGGACGGCAAGCUGCUGUACGAACGCCGCUGGUUCCACCGGGGCCAACCCGUCUACGUCGAGGGCAAGGACAUUCCGCGCUUCUCGGCCAACAUCUCCGCCAUCGGCAGCGAAGCCAUCUGGGUCAAGAAGACCUCCGACGGCCAGAAGGUUCGGAUCUUCACCAACCAGCUGAGCCGCGGCAAGGUGUCCAUCAAGCGGCGCGCCAACUGAACGGGAUCUCAAGCGAUUGAUUUUAUUUCAUCUUCUUCUUUCGAUAUACCUAAGCCCCGUUUUUGAGUGAUUGUAAUUUUUGAAGACACCCCAACUUCCAGGCAGGAAUAAUUUAAGUUAAGAGCACUUGGAGAAUUUUUGGAGACAAAUUCUCACAUCUCAUCGUAAUAAGCAUCAAACAAAACAAAUUGAAAUAGGCGCCCGACAACCGUUUGGGGAGAGAAGAAGCUUUGCCGUGUCGAUGGUUUAUAGUAUUAGUAAUGAUCCUACGGAAUAACUAUGUUUUAAAACUGUACCUAAGA